AAGGUCCAGCGGACGGUCAAGGACGGGGCGUGGACCCCUUGGCUUUCUGCUCUGAGUGCCAACCCCCCAAGAGCCUUUGCCUUCACACAACACCGCCAUACAGCGACUUCAGUGACGCGUGUGUGUGCGCUGAAAAGAGUCACAGAGCAUUGGCCUGUCCUGGUUCAUCAGCAGGACAACGCUCCACCAAACCCAUUGUUCUCUCAUGACACACAUCUUGAUCGUAUUCAUAAGACGGGGCGCCGGUGGAGAUAACAAAAUCCGGAAGUUGCCACUUGGUCUUGCCUCAAAAUCCAGUCGUGUGUUGGGUGCUGAACUGUGUGUCCUUAAGAAAUAAAAAACAACACCCACCUGUCUGAAGGACUACCGCCCAGCUUUACUCGCCUGCAAAGUGAUGAAGUGCUUGAAGAGCUGGUCACAGAUCACUUCGUCCCAACCUGUCAACAAGAAAGCCCACAUCCUCCAUGACACCCUAUAUCACCUGGACAUGAAGUGAUCAAGGUGUGGCACCUGCGAUGCCUCCCUCCCAACCUGGAGUGUCCACCACCGUCACCAUCCGCAUGGCCACCUCCGCUUGCUGACGGUUGCACUCCUCUGUCACCUCUUCGGACUGGAAGACGCCCAGUUUUCCCAGGAUGGUGUUCCCAGCAGAACUCUUCCCUGUUUCACGCUCGCCCAGGAGAACCAGUCUGACCUCAGGGAGACGGCGAGGAGACUUGGAGAACGACUGGUGGGCAUCCAGCUCCGAGCCCUGGAGACCAUCGCCUGGAGCAGAGAAAGGGUAUUUAAGCAGGAGCAGAAGUUUCCUAAGACGGAGCAGCAGCAGAGGCAGCAGACAAACUCCAACCAGCAGCAGCUUCUCCACCUUCAUCUGAGUUUUGUGUCAGAUCAUCCGUCCUGAGCUAUCGUCACCAUGUCCAAUCAAGGAGCCACCGUGGCCCCCUCCUCGGCCCCCCCUAUUCCCUCUGGACCCCCUCCCAAAGUGACGAGCAGCGGUCGCUCCACAGAUCCCAUCGCCACCACCAACUCCGACUCGACAGACAUACCCGAGUUUGAGCCCUUUGGUAUGCCCGGCCCGAGAGGAUAUCCACCCAUGACUGAAUUUCUUGACAUCUUUGACGUGGACAUGAUGAAGAGGCCGGAGGAGAUCAACAAGAAGCAACACCACACCGACUUAUACAACUCUGUUGAUCUCAUCGUCCGUCGAGGACAAGAGUUCCAGGUCAAGGCCACCUUCAACCGCCCGUACAAUCCUGCCAAGGACAAGUUCGCUGUAGAGUUCGUCAUCGGCACCAGCCCUCAUUACAGCAAGGGCACCUAUAUCCCCGUCUUCCCCAACAAGGAGCGUCUCACCACCUGGGACGGCCGCAUCAUAAACAACUCUGGCAACAGCGUCACCAUUGGCGUCACUGCUGCGGCAACCUGCAUGGUGGGAAAGUACCACAUGUACGUCGCCGUGAUGACCCCCUUUGGCAUUCGCCGCACCAGACGGGACGACAGCCGGGACCUCUACGUCCUCUUCAACCCCUGGGUGAAAGAGGAUGCUGUGUUUCUGGACGAUGAGACGGAGAGGCAGGAGUGUGUGAUAAACGAGAUAGGGAUCAUCUAUCACGGUGCAUUCGAUGACAUCUCAGAGAGAAACUGGAACUAUGGACAGUUUAACUAUGGAGUCCUGGAUGCCUGUCUGUACAUCAUGGACCGGGCUCAGAUGCCCAUCACCAACAGAGGAGACCCCAUCAAGGUGACCAGGAAGGCCUCUGCCAUGCUGAACUCUCGUGAUGACGAUGGCGUGCUGGUGGGGAACUGGAGCGGCGACUACACCUACGGAGUGGCACCCACCUCCUGGACCGGCAGCACAGACAUCCUGAUCAGCUAUUCGCGGAGCAAGAUGCCCGUCUGCUACGCCCAGUGCUGGGUCUACGCUGCUGUUUUUAACACCUUCCUGCGCUGUCUGGGCAUCCCAUCGAGGGUCGUCACCAACUACUACUCUGCUCACGACAACGACGGAAACCUGAAGACUGACAUCAUCCUGGAGGAGAGCGGCAGGAUCGACCGUGCCCGCACCAAAGACUCUAUCUGGAACUAUCACUGCUGGAAUGAGUGCUACAUGUCCAGACCUGACCUGCCACAGGGCUUUGGAGGCUGGCAGGUUGUGGAUGCAACACCACAGGAGACCAGCGAUGGGAUGUACAGAUGUGGUCCAGCAUCAGUUAUGGCCAUUAAACACGGGCAGACAUGCUUCCCAUAUGAUGCUGCCUUUGUGUUUGCUGAGGUCAACAGCGAUGUGGUGUUUUAUUCCCGAAGCAGAGAAGGAACCAUGGAGCCGGUCAAAGUGAACCACAGUCAUGUUGGUCGCAUGGUGCUGACCAAAACUCCAGGAGACACGACCCGCCGUGACAUCACUGAUCAGUACAAGUUUCCUGAAGGCAGUGCAGAAGAGCGCACCGUCCUGGAGAAGGCUGAGGAGUACGGCUGUCACCGAGAGAAAUCUGACCCUCCUCCGGCUGAUGUGGACCUGGUCCUGCCGUCACUGGAGAUCAGCAUUGGUGACGACUUUGAGCUGAGCCUGGAGUUCGUAAACAAAAGCGAUGAGCGUCGCAUCGUGGAUGCAUACGUCAGCGGGAGUGUGGUGUAUUACACCGGAGUCACUGCUGCGGAAUUCCUGUUCAGGGAUCCCAUGGUGACAAUUGGUCCCAAAGCAAGUGUGAAGGAGCUGGUGGUGGUGGAGUCAAAGCGUUACAUGAAGCACCUGGUGGAGCAGGCCAACCUCAACUUUAUUGCCACAGGGAAGGUCAGGGAGACCGGGCAGAUAGUCAGCGUCAUGAAAGUCGUCCCCCUGCGGAACCCCAAACUCAGCAUCACAUUGUCUGAAGGGGGAAGAGUGAGUGAAGAGAUGACAGUCACUGUGGAGUUUACAAACCCCUUCAGCUUCAACCUGGAGGGCGUCUACGUUCGCAUGGAAGGACCUGGGCUCAUGCUGCCCAAGGUGAAAUAUUACAGUGUGAUCCCAGGCGGCUCCUCCCUGGUCUGGGUGGAGUACUUCAGCCCGCUGAGGGCCGGCAACAGCAGGAUGUUCGCCACCCUGGACUGUCCCGCUCUCAGGCAGGUCCACGGCCAGGCGUCUGUCACCAUCCAGCCCUGAGGAUCAACGGUGCCCAACAUCUUUCAUCACACUUACACUUAAGCCAAAAUAUACUCAGUUUUUAUACAGGCGUUUUUAAAUCUUUCAGUGAUGAGAUAUAUUGCCUGAGGAAAUAUUACAUCAUUGAUAGUUUUUAGCCAUAAGCAAAGAAAUUUCUCUUGGAUCGAAAAGGAAUUUCUGGAAAUGCAAUCUGAUUUUGCAAAUUCAAAAAGUGACAAAUUUUUGUACCAUAUCAAGCAUUUUAACCACUCAAAUUCAUCUGGGACAUUUUACAAUGAAAAGGUUUGAUCCAAAAUGUGUUUUUUUAUCUACAGAUAGCGCCUUAAUUGAACUCAGAAGUACAAGUUUGUGUAGACUGAGAAUUGAUGUCUCCAUUAAUCACUCCCUGUAAAAAAACACAAUUGUCAAUUGUGAGCAAAAAACCCCUGUGAUUUCUACAUUUAUAAAUCACCGUUAUUACAUUUCA